ACAGCUGCCCUCUGUUAUAACUGGCGCAGUUCCUGUAACUUUCACAGAGAAAUAAGAUGUCAGCCUCAGAUGGAGCAAGCCAGCAACGGGGAAAAUUUCGUCAAGAUAUGGAGACAAUUCUAGAUAAAGCUAGUAAAAUGUCAUCAGACGAGUUGAUGUUUUCUUAUGAAGGGUUUCUGUACCCAAGUUUAGUCUGCUCUAAGGAGACAAUUGAGGCUUUAAAAUCUUUUGAAGCCAGAGAGGACGACUUGCUGAACGUAACGUAUCCCAAAUGUGGAACUAAUUGGGUGAUCCAGAUUUUGCGUGAAAUGGUGUACUCACUUAACAAUAAAGAGUCAUUAAUAGAUCAAGCAAUUAUUGAAUUAAUAAAGCCUGAUAUAUUGCAGAACCUUAAGAAUAUUCCUUCACCAAGAGUUUUGUCGACACAUUUUUAUUACGAUGCCAUUCCAAAUUCUUUUUUGGAGAAGAAAGUAAAGAUGUUGGUAGUUUUUAGAAACCCAAAAGAUGCUGCUGUCUCCUAUUUCCAUUUCUAUAACAACAACCCAGUGCUGCCCAAUUACAGUUCUUGGGAUGUGUUUUUCCAGCAUUUUAUCAGUGGAAAAGUGUUCUGGGGGUCAUAUUUUGAUCACGCCGUUGUCUGGAACAAGCACAUUGAUGAUGAAAAUGUUCUGCUUUUGACAUUUGAAGAAAUGAAAGAAGAUCUACCUUUACAACUGAAAAAGAUUUCUGAUUUUUAUGGGCUUGCUUUGACGGAUGAGCAAAUUCAAUUGGUUGCAAGCAAAACUACCUUUACUUCAAUGAAAGAUAAAUCUAAAACCACACAUGGAAAACUUUCAGAAGCUUUCUUUCGAAAAGGAGAAAUUGGGGACUGGAAGAGCCUUUUUACAGAAGCACAGAGCAAAGAAGUGGAUGCAAAAUUUGAACAGUACCUUGGAGGAACAAAACUAGGAGAAAAGUUGAAAUAUAAGAAAUAUUGUACAUUUUAGAUUAUAUUAUAAAAUUAUUCCUUUCAGAGAGAGAGAAGAUGAUUCUGCAAGUUCUUAAUCAUCAUUUUAUAUUAAAGAAACUAUUAUAAAGAA